CACUGCCUGGUGCGCUCGUUUCCGCACAGAAACACAACAUUAUCUCCACACACACACACACACACACACAGACGGUAUAAAUCAGUCCAUGAUGUUGGUGUCCAGGUGUGUGAACAGGUUCCUGAACCGGAUUAAACCAGUUCCAGUACAGAUGUGCUGCAGAAUGCAGCACCAGCAGGGGGACUCUCCUGCCCCCUUUCGGCCCGAGACCUCCAUGGCCAAGACGCUGAUGGACAUCGGGACGCGGCGGGUUUUCUCUGAGGAACACGACCUGUUCAGGCAGAACGUCCGGCGCUUCUUUAAAGAAGAAGUGGUCCCUUAUCACGCAGAGUGGGAGAAGGCGGGCGAGGUCAGUAGGGAGGUGUGGGAGAAGGCGGGGCAGCAGGGCUUGCUGGGUAUUUACACCCCUGCUGAACAGGGUGGGGUCGGAGGAGACCUGCUCUCUGCUGCCAUCAUGUGGGAGGAACAGAUGUACUCUAACUGUACAGGUCCUGGUUUCUCUCUGCACUCGGAGAUCGUGAUGCCGUACAUUAGCCAUUACGGCUCGCAGGCUCAGAUCGAGCGCUUCCUGCCCCAGAUGGCUGCUGGGAAAUGCAUCGGUGCCAUCGCCAUGACCGAGCCGGGGGCAGGCAGUGAUCUUCAGGGAGUGAAGACGUAUGCUCGGCAAGAUGGCACUGACUGGAUCCUCAAUGGAAAUAAGGUGUUUAUCACUAACGGAUGGAUGAGUGAUCUGGUCAUUGUCGUCGCUGUAACUAACCGUGAAGCGAAAUCAGCAGCUCACGGUCUCAGUCUGUUCCUGGUGGAGAACGGCACCAAGGGCUUCGCCAAGGGGCGUAAACUGGAAAAGAUCGGCCUCAAAGCACAGGACACCGCCGAGUUGUUUUUUGAGGACGUACGCCUCCCAGCUGAUGCUUUACUUGGACAACCUCACAAAGGCUUUUAUUAUCUGAUGAAUGAGCUGCCUCAGGAGCGGUUGAUAAUAGCAGUAAUGGCUCUGGCCAGCUGUGAGUUCAUGUUUGAGGAGACUCGGAGUUACGUGACUCAGAGGAAGGCCUUUGGAAAAACUGUGGCUGAUCUACAGACAGUACAGCACAGAUUAGCCGAGCUGAAGACGGAGAUCUGUGUGGGUCGAGCUUUCAUUGAUAAUUGCCUCCAGCUGCACAGUGAGAAGAAGCUGGACUCCGGCACCGCCUCCAUGGCCAAAUACUGGGCGUCAGAGCUCCAGAAUAAAGUGGCCAAUCAGUGUGUGCAGCUGCAUGGUGGGUGGGGCUACAUGUGGGAAUAUCCAAUCGCCAAAGCCUUCGUGGACGCUCGUGUGCAGCCCAUCUACGGUGGAACCAACGAGAUCAUGAAGGAGCUGAUCGCUCGCACCAUCGUUGGAAACAGAUAGACGAUCGCUGAGCGGAGACAUCAGACACGGAGACGAGCUGCUUUCUGGGCUUUUAGUGGUUUAUAUGAGACUCAUCAGUGCCAUGGUGUGCAAGUAGUGAAGAAAAGUUGAUCAUACAAUAAAUAAUACAUUUAUUAGAUAUUUUCAUUUUUUAAAAAUUUUGAGUUUCUUAAUAUUUGAUGUCAGGAAAUUACAUAAACAUAUUUUUGAGUAACAUGUCAGUUAUAAUAAUAUGCUGGCACUUAAUUAAUCUAAUGUUUUUACUGUAGAUAAAGUAAGUAAGUACACUUGGGUUAACUGUAAAGAGCUUUUUCAGCCUGGUGACAAACUGUAACAAACUCGACUCCAUCGAUCGAGAGUUUAAACAGCUUUGAUAAAAUUGUACAUUAAAGUCUUCUCUUUGCAAAUACAA